CUUCAACAACGUCCUUUGAAUCGUCUCUCAACCGCUAACUGCAGCGAGCGGCGCACUUCGCCUCCGUCUUCCCCACUUUUUUUCUCGGCGGACGACUCAACCCCACAUUCCUUUUGCCUUCCCUUCCUUUAUUUUGUCUGAAAUAAUACCCCACAACCCAACUACUCAAUCAUGACUGUUACACACCAACGCAGAGACGCCAUCCACAGAAUGGUUGUCAAAAGACAGAAUGGUCUCCCCAUCCCUGGUGUUCCUGGCGGCGGCGACAACGACAAUGGCGACGAUAACGAGACCCCCGACAAUGGUGGAGGGGACGAUGGCGGCAACGACGGACCCUCGCAGCCCGCGCCUUCCCAGCCACAGCCCAGUCAACCCAGCCCUUCCCAGCCAGCGCCUUCCCAGCCACCUCCGAGCCCAUCCCAGCCCCCGGUUUCCCCUUCGCAGCCCCCUCCCAGCCCUUCGCAGCCCCCGUCGACCCCUCCUACGCAGCCCACACCUAGCCGAGAAGAACCUGAACCGACACCCUCGUCUACCCCGACUUCAUCCAGCCCGAGUUCUACUACCCCCUCUUCCACCCGCUCUUCCACCGAGUCUUCUACCAGGUCACCAAGCUCUUCCGCCCGAGCUACUUCCACCACUCCAAGGGCUACAACUACCAACACCAACAACAUUGCUGGCAAUCGCUCUCCCACCUCUUCGUUCUAUAGGGCCUCGGGUGUCAGUCUCAUCCCCACUGCCAGCAGCAUCGACCCUACAAGCAGCACAGAACCCACAGGUGGCAUCAGCACCGGUGCCGUAGUCGGUGGGAUUGCCGGCGCCCUCGUUGGGCUUGCCCUUCUCGGUGGAAUCGUUUCCUUCCUCCUCCGCAAAUGGAGGAAUAGGCGUCGGGAUGAUGAUGAGGACUUUGGCACCGACUUCCGUCGCUCUGCCUUUGUCCAGGACUCGCGUCCUGAGAGCAUGACUCAAACUGGUGGCUUUGCCUCUUCCAUCGCGGGCGCUGGUGUCGCCGGCCAGGGUGCCUAUGGUCAGUACAGCGAUAAAGAACAAGUCGCUUACGAUAUCUCUGGAAACGACGUUGUCCCCGUCGCUCAAACGACCGGUUACGGCGCUACAGACCACUCGGCUCACCACGGUGGAGGUCUCCAGGAGCGACCCAAAUACGUCUACGGCCAGGCUGAUCCACACUCACAACACGAUGACGAUGUUAGUGAACAUGCCCAUGGUGUUUACUCGUCGCAGCCUCAGAUGCAGACGGCAUACAACCCCGAAGCCUACGGAUCCUACGCCGCCUACGACAACACUGCUGGGUACCAACAGCCGACUCGUGAAUAUCAAGGUCAACAGGGUUACACGGAUAACACCGGAUAUGGCGCGCAGGGUUAUGGAUAUGAUCAAACCGCCUACGGAAACAACAACUAUGCUCAGGGGUACGAUGCUUCGCAAUACCCUCAGUAUGAUCAGCAGGGCCAGCAGCAAUACGAUCAACAAGGCCAGCAGCAAUAUGACCAACAAGGGCAGCAACAGUAUGCUCAGUAUGAUGCUAGUGCGUAUGCUGUGACCAGCGAUACCACUGCCCCUGCUGGUGCCGCUCCCGCUGCUGCUACUGCCACGGCUAUGACUGGUGCGGCCACCACCACUGCCGGAGCACACAAGACGCAGCCUUCGCUUGGCAAGAACACCGAGGACGCCUAUGGUGGUAUGUAA